GCUGUGGUAAACGGUUCGCUCGGCGGAGGGAGGAGCAGCGGGCUGCAGGAUGUCUGCAAAUGUCAGUCAGCAAAUGAGUCCGUGGCUUUGGUGCUCACUGGUCAGCAGUUGCUGAGACUGAGGGACUGGCACGGAGCAGAACAAGCCUCUCGGCAGACAAUUGAAACAGGAAGCAAGGAAGGAAAGGGUCUUUCACCCGGAGGAAGACUGGCAAACUCAUUGGGAUUGUGACAAGACAGCCACACAGUAGCUCCAGAGACCACCCAUUAAAUAAAGGGGAAUUGGAUAUUUCACUUCUUCCUUUUUGUGAAAUAUUGUAUUUUUUCAUCACUUCCCUCAUUACUCUUCACAUGUGCUACAGCCUCAGAUGGUAAAGAGUCCAAACAGAGGUCAGAAGAUCACAAGAUGAACAGCACCCUGUCCAACACCUCAACUAAAUGUGUUAAGGAUACCAGCGUCACGGCAGUGGUUUUCCCCUGUUUGUACAGUAUCCUCUUCAUAUUUGCCCUGAUCCUGAAUUCUUUGGCUGCAUGGAUCUUCUUCAACAUCCCGAGCACCUCAACAUUUGUUGUCUUUCUAAAAAAUGUGGUUGUGGCUGACUUGCUGAUGACCUUGACCAUCCCUCUGAAAAUCUUAACCGAUGCCGGUGUGGGGUCCUGGCAGCUCCGCGCCUUCUACUGCCGAUACUCGGCUGUUCUUUUCUACAUCACCAUGUAUAUCAGCAUCAUCUUGCUGGGCCUGAUCAGCUUGGACCGCUACCUGAAGAUCGUCAGACCGUUUGGGAAGAGCGUCGUGCGGCGGGUCCGUGCCAGUCAGAUACUGAGCGCAGCUGUUUGGGCGGUCAUGCUGUCUUUAGCUCUGCCCAACGUGAUUCUGAGUGAUCAGCCGCCGAAGGUCUCUGGAGGUCGACUGAAAUGCACGUCCAUGAAGAGCUACGCUGGCCUGCAGUGGCACGAAGGAUUCAACUACUUCUGCCAGGUCAUUUUCUGGGGCACGCUUGCCUUGAUGGUGGUUUGCUACACAUUCAUCAGCAAGAAGGUUUAUGAGUCGUACCGUGCAUCAAAGAGCAGAUCGCAGGCGGCAACUCGCAGAACCAAGGCGAAGGUCUUUGUGGUGGUGGGGGUGUUUUUCAUCUGCUUUGCCCCGUUUCACUUCGCCCGCGUGCCCUACACUCUGACACAGACCCGUGGAUCAAGUCACUGCAGGGCCCAGAACGCCCUCUACAUCGCCAAGGAAACCACCCUAUGGUUGUCAGCCACCAACGUGUGCCUGGACCCGCUGAUCUACGUGUUCCUGUGCAAGGUGUUCAGAAAGAGACUGACAGCCACACUUAGCCGAAGGCCGAUCCACAAAGGUGUCGGGGAAUCUCCCACGGCAACAUCGACACAGCUGGAGAUGUCACAAGUACCCCACGCCCAUAAACUGUCGCACAAUGGGAUAACGCAACAAAAGGGGGAAAGCACAACAGGACACGAUCAAUAAAUUUCAAGAGUCAAGCCCAAGAUCAAACGCUUCUUGAGGACUGAGGCCAUUUCUUGUAAAUAUAGAAGUUGUGCAAGCAUCUAAAAGGGAUUAUAAAUAUUGAAAAUGUGAAAAAUGGACAAUCUUGUGCAACAGCAAAAACUUCUAACAUGUCUGGGUUUUGUGGUAAAGAUUGAUGCCAACAGUGUUAAUAAUAUGUGCAACUUAUCUCCUGAGUUUCCCAUGUCAUCAACUCAUUUCCUUAAUUGGAAGUGCUUACUGUCUUUUUCUAACUUCCUUCUUUCUAAUCUUACUCAAACUGCGCUUUCCCCUAAGCAAAACUUUGGCGGAACAGUAAACAUGUUGACAGUUCAUAUUUUCUGAUGACUGUACCGUUGAGUGACUGCAAACUCAACUUUUACAAACUCACUGGGGAAACAGUAAUGAUCACUGCUUAUAGCAAAUUAAACAUUGAUUAUAGUAUUACUAAGUUUGUUUUCUAUCUCUGUGAUUAUAUAAUAUUUCCUUUUAUAUAGUGAACCUUCCACACAUUCACCCAUCUUCUGAACCAUUGUAUCCAAUUCAAGGUGAUGCAGUCAUGCUGGGGCCAAUCCCAGUUUUCAAACUGCAAAACCAGAUUACAACACACAUGGACUCACAUUCACAGCUUAUGGAAACUUACUGUCAUCAAUUAUCAUUAUAGUAAGUUUGUUAACUGUGAGAGGAAAUAGAAGUACCUGGAGAAACUCACAUCUGCACAGAAUGAAUAUGAAACCCCUGCACAGGCUGGUCUGUGUGUUUUCUUUUUUUUUUUCUCUUCUUCUUCAAUUCUUAGGCAAGAGAAAUGCUGUGUAUGUGCAAUGCUGAGAUAAUGUGACCGUGUUAAAUUUUCUGUAAACAAGAACUGAGAAUUAAACCACUCAUCUUUUACCACAGCAGCUCUGACGUAGGUUAUAGAUGAAAUGUCUCACUUUUACCUUCAGUCAACAUGAUGAUGAAAUAAUGUUUAUUUGAAAUGCAGCAUGUGCACUUUUCUUAAGCCUGACAAAAGAGGAUUAGGAUUUAUUAAAAUCUCACAGAAGUGCUGCUCAUUUCUGCUGGCAUCAAAUACAUAACCCAGUUGUCUCAUUUAAAAAGUCAUGUUUCAACUCAUCUCCUGAUGAGUCUGGUAAAGUGAAGGGAAAGAGCCCACCGAGAAUGCAGCAGGUUUAACUCAUAGCCAGUGUUAGUUUCUGAAAACGGUGUAUUUAUUGAAUAACAAUCCAGUUCUUAACACUUCACCUACUCCAGGGUUUCAGGGUGCAGGAUUCCUUUUCAGUAGGGUCAUACAUGUUUAUAUUUUGAGAAAAAUUGCAGUUGUUCAGAGUGAACUGCACAGAAAGAACAUGCAAACUUCACACUGACCUGCAUGUCAGUCCCACCCCCAUCAUGAAGUAAAAAUGCCAGUUGAACACUGGAUGCACGGUGGAAAUGUGUGACUUGAAAAAUAAAUUCUAACUUACUGAGAACAA